GGUUCAUCGGUUAAUUGCUGGCUGAGAAUUCGCCUUUGUCAAAUUACGCUGGUAUUAAAUACCAAAACCACAGCCAACGCUACUUGAAGAAAUACUAUGCCAAUUUUGUUGCAAUCAACAACAAUAACCACAAACAACAAUCGGCAAGCAGCAGGCAACAAGCGUCAGACAAGACCAGAACACAGCAGCAACAGUGAGGCAGCCACAUGGUGCCCAGAUUACAAAUGAAUGCCAACAAUGAGCAACAUAAAUCAUAAGCGAAAAUUAGCAACAAUUAUCUACAAUAGCCACAGAAACGGGAGGAACGUUUGAAACGAGAAUAAGUGAAAGUGCUGCAGUGAUAAGACAUACAUAUGUACCUACAUAAAUAUGUUUAUAGUUUAAAGGAAAACAAAUGAUUAAUAACUUUGCGAAAAAUGCAUAAAAAAAUAAGAAACAAAAAAAUACUAGAAAUGCCAACGGAAUCAACCGGAUAAUUUACAACUAUAACUUGAGCAAAAUUCCUAAAAGUUCAGUAUAUGUAUUUCUGUUUGAAGUAGCUUCCUAUGCGCUUAAGUAAUCGCUACUUAACAAUAUUCUGCAGCUAUAAGCGAAACAACAAAAAUUUGUGCUAAUUGUGCGAACCAUUAAUAUUUCGUGAAAUUUAAACUACAAAAAAGUAAAAAAAAAACAUAACUCUUAUAAUGUAAACAAGCAGCAACGCUGAAGGCGCAACAAACUUAAAGCAGAACUUUUAAAGUUAUGAAAAUAUUUGCAGCGAAACGACUAAAUACAGGGCGACAGUUGUUUUUUAGGCUGCAUUUAAUUAAAACUAAAUUGCAACUGAGAUAAAAAUUCAACAAAAAAAAGUUUCAAAUCAUCUUGGCAAAGUAAAACUGCUGUGUUUCAAAUUUAUAUAUUACGACACAUACAUAUUUAUAUAUUAUAUACGCGUAGCAACAUGGAUAAGAAGGACAAAUCGAAAUCGAAAUCAAAACCGAAACGUUUGAAGGCAAAUAAAGAGUCGAGCACAGCAUUGGAUGUCGAUUUAUGGGAGCAAAAUGAGGAUCGCUUCACCACCGUUGAACUGCCCGCCAGCGCCAAAAUGCCGAACAGCAGCAGCGCCCCGGCAACAGCAGCUGCAACAAGCACCACACCCGCUAGCGGCGGCAGCAGCGCACACAGCAAAGCCAUCAGCAUUAGCAUUGGUGGUGAUGGUGGCGACGGGCCCGAUGGUCCACCAGGUGGCGGGCGUGAUCCCAUCGAUGCAAUCAACUAUCCACCUAAUACGCCCACCACACCUGCUUCGAAGGUAGCCAUUGGCGGUGGCGAUUCGGGUGCUGCACUCAUUGCACUCGACACAGGUGAGCCCAGCGAGCCGGAGCGUGGCAAUUGGACGGGACGCUUUGAUUUUCUACUCUCACUGCUCGGCUACUCGGUGGGACUGGGCAAUGUGUGGCGCUUUCCCUAUCUGUGCUACAACAAUGGCGGCGGCGCCUUCCUCAUACCCUUUACAAUAAUGUUAAUUAUCGCCGGCUUGCCGCUCAUGUUCAUGGAACUUUCGUUCGGUCAGUAUGCCGCUUUGGGUCCAAUAGCAAUCUAUCGUCGCUUUUGUCCACUAUUUCGUGGUCUCGGCGCUGGCAUGGUUAUCGUCUCGGCCAUUGUAAUGCUCUAUUAUAAUUUGAUUAUUGCCUGGACAAUAUUCUAUAUGUGCGCUUCGUUUCGUCGUGUGCUGCCAUGGCAGAAUUGUGAAGCUGCUUGGAGCACUGAAAAUUGCUUCUCUUACGAAAUGGCCGAUCAGUGUGAUUCCGUCAAUGGCACCUUCUACCUGAGAACGUGCUACAAUAUUAGUUACGCCGAAGAGCACAAUAUCACUGAAUUGGCAUUGCAUGCGCUGAAGCGACCACCAGCUGAGGAGUAUUUUACAAACUACGUACUCGGUUUAUCUUCAGGCAUCGAAGAAACUGGCGGCAUAAAACCCGAACUAGCCGCAUGCCUCUUCGCCGCAUGGGCUAUAGUUUUUCUGUGUCUUUGCAAAGGCGUGCAAUCAUCCGGCAAAGUAGUCUACUUUACGGCGCUUUUCCCUUAUGUAGUGUUAGUUAUACUAUUCUUUAGAGGCGUAACACUACCUGGCGCUAAAACUGGCAUUUUAUUUUAUUUGACACCCGAUUUCAAGCAGUUGGCUAAUGCGCAGGUUUGGGGCGAUGCUGCCGUGCAAAUAUUUUUUGCGCUCAGCCCCGCCUGGGGUGGCCUGAUCACAUUGUCUUCCUACAAUAAAUUCUCUAACAAUUGUUAUAAAGACUCUCUGAUCGUGGCCAUUUGCAAUAUAGCCACCUCAUUUUUUGCCGGUUUGGUCAUAUUCUCGAUCAUCGGUUUUCUAGCGCACGAGUUAGAGGUGGAAGUGAAGAAAGUGGUCGAUCAAGGUGCUGGAUUGGCAUUCAUUGUUUAUCCGGAAGUGGUGACACGCUUACCAGUCUCACCGGUUUGGUCGGUGCUAUUUUUUGUUAUGUUACUUACGCUGGGACUGGACUCACAGUUCGCUCUCAUGGAAACAGUUACAACUGCCAUAUUGGAUAAAUUUCCCAAUUUACGACAAUACAAGACAUGGGUUGUGCUUUUUGUUGGUAUUUUUGGCUAUCUCGGUGGUCUCGGUUUUACCACGAAUAGCGGCAUGUAUUGGCUGCAACUAAUGGACAAGUAUGCUGCCAAUUGGUCCGUACUACUUAUUGCCAUAUCCGAGUGUGUUUUAAUUGCUUGGAUAUAUGGUUCACAACGUUUUCUCAACGACAUUCAGGGUAUGAUAGGUAAAAGAUCGAGAUUCUGGAAUGCCUUUUGGUCUGCAAUGUGGCGUUAUAUAACACCGGCAACAUUGUUGUUUAUUCUCUUCUUCAACUGGGUCGAAUACAAACCCGCCUCGUACGGCCACUAUGUCUACCCAUUGUGGGCCGAUGCGGUUGGUUGGUUCAUCGGCCUCUUGCCGGUACUUUUUAUUUUCAUCAUCGCCUUCCAACAAAUUUGCAAGGCGCCUAAACAGCUUUCCAUGAAAGAGCGUUUAAAAUUUCUACUGCGUCCUACUGCCGAAUGGGGACCUGCGGGAAGACCAUGCGUCAAUUUGCAUGCCGAGCGCUACGACAGCCAAAAUUAUGACGUUGUGGCCAAUACGCAAGUACUAAUUAAUGGGCUGCCCGCCGAUGUGUCACCCUAUGAGGACAACAGCAAUGGAUAUCGUGACGAGUCGUCGACUACGGCAGCAGCAGCUAGAACAUCCACUGCUGUUGUGCGCAUGAGUGAUCACGUCGACGAUGGCUCGAUGGGUCUACGAAUGGGUGGUAAUGGGGCAAGCAAUGGCACUGGUGGAACUGGCGGCGGAGGAGGCGGUGGCGAUAGAAGAGGCAGCGGCGCUGCUGUGACAAUACGAAAUGGAAGUCAUACUGUAACUGACUAUGGCACCUCAGUGGCCAUCAAAACAACCAGCUCCACUGGCGCUACCAAGCUACCUGGCCCUAGCAUAUUGAAGAGCUCGAAGAGCAACCAAUCAGCCAGCAAUGGCCGUAGCAAAGGACAGUAUCAAACCGAGGCGAGUCCAAGCCGGCAGCCGUUAAUAGAAGCGGAGCUGCGUGCCAACGACAGUGUCGGCUCGUACCUCAAUGAGGCAGCCGCACUGGCACAGCGCAAAGCACUAGCGAAUGGUCAGGGUGUUGAGGCGAGUGAUAAAAUGACAAAAGUAACUGCCAGUAUUGUAUUGCCAACUAAGACGGCAAUGACCACAACCACAGCGGUGUCAACUGCGCCCACUGCUACCACCACAACGGCGGCAACAACACAAGUGUUAGUCGCCGGUACAAUGAGCAGUGGCCGCGAGCGCAUGCUCACCACGUUUGGUGAACGUGGUGUGGUACCAGGAGCGGAAGCAAUCGCAACACCGGCAUCCAAAGUGGCAACCUCUGCAACAGCAACUACUUCUGCAGCCAACGCAAAGUCAGUAACAGCAGCAUCGGACUCUAAAGUGGCAGCCGUCGAUAAUAAGCCAGGGUUAGUGCGUGGCACAACACAGCCAACAAUUACUUCAACAGCAAUAACAAGCACAAAACAACCUUUGAGCAUUGCAUCAGCAAUGCCGGCAACGAGUGCACCUGCAGUAACAUCAACCAUAGUUACCACACCGACGACAAUGGCACCUACUGCUGCCACAGCAACGAUUGCUAAGCCUAAGCUGGCGACAACAUCAAUGGCAGGUGCAACAACAGUCGCUUUAUCUGUUAAAACACCAGUGGUUGCAGCGGCAACAACAACUGCGACGACUAUAAACACAACACAACCAGCCACAGAAACGUCAGCAACAACAGCGAGGCCAAAAACAACAGUCACAACAAAUACAACACCGACAGCGCAAAUGCUUUCGGCAAAANCACAA